CCUAAUCUUUAUAUUUUUCCACAACACCACAAAUUGAACCCCCAAAAAAUGGCAACUCUCACUCUCCAUCUCUCCCGCCUCGCCCGCCACCACUUCCAUUUCUCUCCCCUUCUCUUCACACCCAAACACCUUUCCAUCUCCUUCCCCCGCCGCCGCCACACCCCCGCUGCUUUCUUCCCUCUUUGCUCCUCCACCACCACCUCCUCCUCCCGCCGCUUCUCAGUUUCGGCCACCACUCCCGCUUCCACAGAGAGCUGUAGUGAUGGUGGUGGAGUGAUCAGUGAUGAAAAAUAUGAUGUGAUUGUGGUUGGAGGAGGGCAUGCUGGCUGUGAAGCAGCGCUUGCUUCUGCUCGUUUAGGGGCGAAAACGCUUCUUCUAACGCUAAAUAUUGAUCGAAUAGCAUGGCAGCCUUGCAAUCCAGCAGUAGGUGGGCCGGCGAAAUCACAACUAGUUCAUGAAGUAGAUGCUCUUGGUGGUGAAAUUGGGAAGGUCGCUGAUCGGUGCUAUUUACAAAAGCGUGUGCUCAACACGUCGAGGGGUCCUGCUGUUCGAGCUUUGCGUGCACAAACUGACAAAAGGGAGUAUGCUAUGGAAAUGAAAAAAAUAGUGGAGAGCACUCCAAACCUUUCUAUCAGAGAGGCAAUGGCGAUAGAUAUAUUAUUAGGAAAGAAUGACAAUGUGGAAGGUGUUCGCACUUUUUUUGGGAUGAAUUUCUAUGCUCCGUCAGUUGUUCUUACAACCGGAACUUUCAUGAGUGGUAAAAUUUGGGUUGGUAGAACUUCUAUGCCUGCUGGAAGAGCUGGGGAAUCAGCUUCAGAGGGACUGACUGAGAACUUGCAAUGCCUUGGUUUUGAAACUGAUCGGUUAAAAACUGGAACCCCUGCACGUGUGGAUAUUCGUACAGUAGAUUUUACUGGAUUAGAACCCCAGCCUGGAGACAAAGAGGUACAUUGGUUUAGUUUUGAUCCAGAUGUACAAAUUGAAAGGGAACAAAUGUGUUGCUACCUAACACGCACAACAAAAAUUACCCAUCAGCUUAUUAAGGAGAACUUGCAUGAAACUCCCACUUAUGGAGGAUGGGUUGAAGCAAAGGGUCCUCGAUACUGCCCUUCCAUCGAAGAUAAGAUUGUAAGAUUUCAAGAUAAAGAGUCCCAUCAGAUUUUUCUUGAACCUGAGGGUAGAAGUGUGCCUGAGCUGUACGUGCAGGGGUUCUCAACUGGUUUACCAGAAAGACUGCAGUUACCACUCUUGAGAACUUUGCCUGGACUUGAAAACUGUUCAAUGCUGAGGCCUGCAUAUGCUGUGGAGUAUGAUUUCCUGCCUGCAUAUCAAUGCUCUAGGUCUCUAAUGACGAAGAAAAUUGAUGGUCUUUUCUUCUCUGGUCAGAUUAAUGGGACAACAGGGUAUGAAGAGGCUGCAGCGCAGGGAAUUAUUUCUGGUAUUAAUGCUGCAAGACAUUCAGAUGGUAAGCCCCUCAUUGUUCUCGAGAGGGAAAGCAGUUACAUAGGGACGUUGAUUGAUGAUCUGGUCACUAAGGACCUUCGAGAGCCUUACCGAAUGUUGACAAGCCGUUCAGAACACCGAUUGCUUCUUCGAUCUGAUAAUGCUGAUAGUCGUCUAACACCUUUGGGGCGUGAAAUUGGGUUGAUAGAUGAUAGACGGUGGAAAUUAUACCAGGAUAAGCAAACUCGAAUCUUGGAAGAGAAAAAGCGGUUGAAAACAGUCAGGAUUUCAGGAGGAGAUUUGGCUGCUGACAUUACCCGUGUGUCCGGACAGCCCGUGAGGGACUCUUCAACACUGGAGAGUCUUCUAAAGAAACCACAUGUGCAAUAUGAAGUUUUUGAUGAGCAUGGUUUUGGGAAUGAACAAUUAUCCAGAGCAGAGAAAGAGUGUGUAGAGAUUGAUGUCAAGUACGAGGGCUUCAUUAUGCGCCAGCAAAUUCAACUCCAACAGAUGGCCCAUCAACAAAAUAGACCACUUCCUGAGGAUUUGGAUUACCAUGCAAUGAUAACUUUGUCUCUUGAAGCUCGUGAGAAACUCUCCAAGGUCAGGCCACAAACCAUUGGUCAAGCAAGUAGAGUGGGUGGCGUGAGCCCUGCUGACAUUACUGCUCUUCUCAUCAUCAUUGAAACCAGCCGAAGGAAAGCUCAGGCACAGAGAAGACACGAGAUGCUGACUUCUGUCAUGACAGAAACCGAUCGUGAGUCCAGUGCCCCUUCACCAAAAACAAUAACCUUGUGAUGUGUUUGAACAGAGGAGACACAAGAUGCUGACUUCUGUCAUGACAGAAACCAAUCACGAGUCCAGUGUCCCUUCACCAAAAUCAAUAACCUUGUGAUGUGUUUCUGAUUAAUCAGUGGUUCAGUGCUUAUAUUCUCUGCCAGUCAGUUCUGCCAUAUAUAACACUGCCAUUUUUUUAGAGUAGUUCAACAACAGUUGGCUAAAGACCGGGUCUUACUCUUAAUGGAGGCCUUCAGAAUGAUGCAGUGGCAAUUUUGAUGAAGUUGUUUGGUGGCAGGACCUGUGAUAACUCGCUUCUCCCCGUCGCUGAUGUUGUCAAAAUCCAGUGACAGUUGUCCUGCUUCCAUUGGCUAUUACAGAGUGAAGUCUUGUACCGAAGUUCACUUUUAUGAGUUACUCUCAUAAGCUGUGCGUGGAAAUAACUUUCUAACAGAAUAUUCAUCAUAUAAGUUUUCCUUAUUCACAGUGUUGUCAUCUUAGCAGGCUAGAUUUGUUUUGUUAUAAAUUAAUCAUACCCCAUGUAAUUAGUCUGUAUUUAUUUCUUUAUUUUCAUCGUGGAGGUUCCUCUGAAUUGGGAGCUCUCACUCUCAUGAA